AUGGUCAAACCAACAAGUGUGAAGGAUGUGGAUCAGCACGAAAUCGUUCGUCAAAUUGCUGGGUUCUUGAAAAAGAGUGGAAAGGUCAAAGUGCCCGAGUGGUCCGAUCUCGUCAAAUUAGGUAUUAACAAGGAAUUGGCUCCUGUUGACACCGAUUGGUAUUACUUGAGGACUGCCAGCGUAGCUAGACGUCUUUACAUCCGCUCACCCACAGGUGUCGGCGCAUUGAGGCGUGUUUACGGAGGCAAUAAGCGUCAUGGUGUUGCGCCAAAUCACUUUGCACAAGCAUCAGGCUCUGUGAUCAGGAAGGCCCUGCAAACCCUCGAGGCCAUCAAGUGGGUUGAGAAGCAUCCUGAUGGCAAUGGGCGCAUACUCACGAAACAGGGCAGGAAAGAUUUGGAUCGUAUUGCAUCACAAAUGCGUCAAAAUACGAAGAUCAGUUUAGAGGCGUGA